AAUUAUAUCUGUCAGUUUGUUGGCGUGUAGUAUUAAGUGUAUAGUGGUAGUCCGGGGGUCUAAUCUUGGCAUGAGGGGCUGGAGAGGGCGGAUCAGAUGUCAGAUCCCUGACUGUAAUAGCAGUCGCGCCUGGAGAUUCCCACAGACUCCGUGGGAAGCAUUCUUACGACUUAAUAACACAGCCGCACUGACAGACGAGACCGAGACAGCAGAAAAUAGGGUGUGUGAGAGAGAGAGCUGCUGGCAUUUCAAACUGGAUGGGAGAGGGCGGACACCGACUCAGAUCUGUGUAUUUUUGACACACUCGUACAGGAACAUGGCCAUGAGCAGGAUUGGGAUACAGCUGCAGUUUCUGCUGUACUCGGUGUCAGCCUACCUUUCACCGUACAAUCUGGAAAAUAUCCUCCCGAUUCCUACAGACCGGGAUCCAAAUGAUAUCUUGAAAAGAUUUGACCCUUGUUGUCUGCUGACCCCGCCUCCCCCUCCUUUGUUCCCGCCCCCUCCUGGUGUCUGGAAAAGAGAGCCUAUCUUGCCUAGUCAUGUGGAGGGGACGAGAGUAAGAGAGGAGGAUGGGGAGCAGGUGAAGGAACUCUGUGUGGCGGGACCACCAGGACCUCCUGGACCUGUUGGACCACAGGGUCACAGUGGCAUCCCAGGGAUGGAGGGACCCAAAGGAGAUAAGGGUGACAUUGGAAGACCAGGGUCAAAGGGUCGUACUGGGCGUCCGGGUCUGCCUGGGAAACCAGGUUCUUCAGGGCUGCCCGGCCCAGAGGGACCUAAGGGCGAGAAAGGAGACCCAGGGCUGAUGGGAAUGCCAGGAAUGAGGGGAUCACCUGGACCUAAAGGCUUUCCAGGCAAUAAGGGUGAGAAGGGAGCACGGGGGGAUUCUGGACCUGCAGGUCCAAAAGGAGACAAGGGAGCAAAUGGACUGCCUGGGAUGCUGGGACAGAAGGGUGAAAUGGGACCCAAGGGUGAGUCUGGCGUCCCAGGGAAACGUGGCCCUACAGGACGACCAGGCAAGAGAGGCAAACAGGGGUCUGAUGGAGACAGAGGUUUUCCAGGGCCAGUGGGUCCCACUGGUCCACCUGGACCCAGGGGCCACCCAGGACCUCCUGGGGUACCUGCAUCAGGGCUGUUUGUAGUUGGAGAAAAAGGUGAGAAGGGAUUGCCCGGUCCUCCUGGAGUCUGCGACUGCAGCUUCCCUUCUCUCAGUCCAGCCAGUGCCCCGUUACAACACCGUAACAAAUAUGACAAAGUUCCAGCGAUAUUCGUUGUGGGCAGUGAGGAAGAGCUAAAAGGUCUCCAGGAAGAUAACGCACUUGCCUUCAGGAAGGAUCAGAGGUCUCUUUACUUCAGGGAUGAAAAUGGAUGGAAGCCCAUUCAGCUGAUGCCGCUCCAGGCGACUGAGAGGAUGAGGGAUGGGAAUGGAGUCUGCGGUGAUGGAGAGGUGCAGGAACUCAACGGGGAAGAAUGCGACGACGGAAACAAGGUUGUUACGGAUGACUGCGUAGGCUGUAAAAAGGCAUACUGUGGCGAUGGAUAUCGUAAUGAGGGUGUGGAGGAGUGUGACGGGAAAGACUUUGGCUACCAGACCUGCAAAUCAUAUCUGCCCGGCACCUUUGGGCAGCUCAGGUGCACCGACUCCUGUUUCAUCGACUCAACCGGCUGUAAAUACAGGACCUGAGGCCUACAAAAGUCACACAUUCACACUGACACACACACACACACACACACACACACACACACACACAC